GGGCGCAAUGCUGACACGUUCAACUUUAUUUGGUGGUUCAUCGGAUUACAUCGGACUAAAACUAAUCAUAAAAACGUAGUUUAGUGUAUUUCAGAAUCAACCGUAAAAGGGAGGAUAGAGAAACAUGGAUGAUAUGGUUUGCAAUUUCAAGAAGUGUAGGAAGAGGCUAAGCUCUUUUGCAUGGGUCACCUCGUGUUCACACAUUUUCUGUGAUGAGGACGGUACAAGAGAGUUUAACAGAUGCUUUUCAUGUCCAGCAUGUGAUACCAACCUACCAGGAAAGUUUGACAUUGUCCGCAUUGACUUGUCGCCAUCGGAGCAGUACAAAUCAAUGGUCUUAGCAGGACAGAAGCCUGAUGUUAUUCAAGAAGUGUCUGGAAGAGCCAUGGCCUUUUGGAGAUACCAGGUUCAACAAGAAAAGAUCUAUCAAGACUACGUCUCAAAUAAAUCCAAGGAGCGAAGUGCACAGCUGGAACAAUACUAUGAACACACAGUCACCAAACUACAAGCAGAAGUAGCGGCCCUAAAGAACCAAACUUCAGCGGUGAAAAAAGAGCUUGAAUCUUCAAAGAAGAGGUCCCAUGAGUUAUCCGAUAAGUUAGGUGAACGAUGCAGACAGCAUCAGAAACUGCAGAUGCUGUAUGAUUCACUCAGAAGACGAACAAUCAGUGCAAGUUCUUUGGAUCCUAACGGAUCACAUGAGGGUUUUGUCGGUCAGGCUCCGCUGCAAAUCCCCAACACAUGCUUUGACAUUCCAAUUUCAUCUGGAGAAGAGAGCACUUGUCAUCCAACUCGUCAUCGUGGUGGAGGUGACCGAGCUAGACUGACAUCACCAGCAGAGAAAGAGUUUGUUUUGCGUCCGAGCUACACACCAACCCGGAAUAUUGUCCUAUCAUCGGCACCUAGUCCACUGCAAAUGCAGAACCGUUUCAGUAUGGAACUAGGAACACCAAAUGAGAUUGCUCGUAGGAUUGGCAACAGGAAAGUUUGAAUAUACCAGCCUGAUAGCCUGACCUAAGAGGCUGUGCACAAAGUCGCUUACACUGGGUCUUCUAAUAAAAUGUUGUAAAUGGAGAUAAAAGGUGUUCAAACUACUAACUUCCUUUGAGCGUUUGCGGUUUGGUCACAAAAAUAACUCAAACUAAUUUGAUUCUUUUGUUUAGUUAUUAUUUGGUCUUAAGUGUGAAGUUUUGCUAGA